GUAUACCUGGCGUCUCCCUUGAAGUUCUGCACCACAUUGCAUUCCUUCACACGUGUGGUGCCUCGAUAUUACAUCAACCCGUGGGAGAAGAACCCGUACAAAUGGCAGCACCACAAGUACAACCGUGUUCGCCAACGGCAGCGCGGCAAGUGGUGUUACAUUGGUGGGCCACUAAGUGGUAUCCAACUGCCAGACUGGCCAGAGCCCAUGUUACUUUCGCCUCGGGUGCUUGUGGACACUGCACAGCGCGCGCAGGUCGAGCGCUUGGAGGACACCUUUUUUUGGCAGCAGGUUGCUGAACGGACUGUGCAGUUGCGCGACAUCAUGGAUGUAGGUGACGUGGCUGUUAUCCUUGACACGCUGUUGACCGCGAACUACCGUCACACCCACCUCCUGAAGACUGUGUCUCGAGAGUUGAUCGAUGACGUAGACAAAUUGUCGCUAGUGGAAGCGGCCGUGAUCCUGAAUGCAUAUGCGCACUUCAACUGUGUGAGCGAACUGAUGCUGAAAGCAUUCGCGCAGCAUGUAACACGGCUCUUGUGCGAGCAGCCGUACACCUCAGUGGAAGACACCGAGAGGUACGGUGCAAAGGCUGCCGACCCUCAGACGCUGGCUGUGCUAUGCAAAGCCUUUGCCAGCUUACGCUUCAGGGACUCCAAGAUGCUGAAGGCAGUGAACGCCGUCCUUCUUCAGCGUAUUGAGGACUCUGGCUUCGGUUCCGUGGCUGACGUGCUGUCGGCUUUUGCAGAGCUGGAAGAGCCCUUUGAGGCACCCAUCGAGUUCUGGCUUUCCUUGACGGACAAGGUGCCUGGAAGCCAGAUGCGAUUCCUUUGUCCCACGCUGCGAGCUGCCCAGCACUUGGACGUUGCGGAGCCAGCCUUGUACGAGGCAUUGGGACAGGAGGUGGUGACUGGCUUGCAGGGCCUGAACCCAGACUCCGCACCUCUCGAGGAAGCAGUAUCUUCGACGCAAAUGCCGGCAUUUGCCGAACCGCAGCUGGUCUCGCGGCUCCUGCUCAAGAAGGGGCAAGAUGCAGAAGUUGUGCCGGCAGAGCAUGAAGAGGAGCCAAGGCUGGAGGAGGUUGACGAUGCUUUCCAGGUGGUGCCAGUGGCAGACUCUCUCGUGGAUGAUGCCAUUAUUGAGGAGGAGGAUGGGGAGAGCCAGGCAGUUGCCAAAAGAAGGAGGAUGUGGUACAAUGCUGUGACUCGAAAGCUGGAUUGGAGUGCGAACAUGGCACCCAAGGUGCCCUACUAUGCCCCCUGGAAUCCGGACGAGCGCUUCCGAAGGAAUCAGCGGGGUGCGCGAGUCGCUCAGGCACUUGAAGGUUUGGAUGCGUUGCAGCGGGCAGUUGCCGAGAAGAGUGCUCCGUCACCCUCACAGCCCUCUUCAGGAGCAGAGGAUCAAGGCGACCAGACCAAGUCUAGGUCUGUGGAUGAGGAGCUCUUGGACAGCGCACAGCCGUUGCUGAGCGUCUCGCUCCAGGGGUUGUCACCAGCACAGUUGGCGCUCUGCGCCGAGCGUUUCGCAGGACGAGGACAGGCAUCAGACAUCGUGCACCGGAUCCUUCGCGAAUCCUUGCGCCGUCUGGCCAACUUUUCCAUUCCAGAGUUGAAGCGGUUGAAUGAAGCCUGCUUAGAGGCUGGAAUUGUGGACCCGUACCUUGAUCGGGCGCGGAGGAGACGAUUUCCCAAGGCUUUGCGCAAAGAACUUCGAGAAGCCUCGCAAGCCACGGAAUGA